CCAGAGGCCUGACCAUCUGUCAGCACGAUGCCGAGCAAGCCUGCACCCAUCAAGAAGUCCCCAGCCAAGAAGGCUGCCGACAAGGCACCUGAGCCCGCCCCGGAGCCUGCACCGGCUCCACCUGCAGAGGCUGCUCCUGCACACGAGCCAGAGGCAGCUCCCGCCGCCCCAGCAGAGUACACCGCCGCGGCCGGUCCAGCUGAUGCCGCAGCCACAGAAGAAGGAGCCAACUCGACGACUCCCACUGAGGCUGCCGCUCCCGCUGCUGAAGACGAUGCUGCUGCUCCCGCUGCAGAUGCUCACGCAGACGCUGCUCCAGCAGAAGCUGUCGUAGUUGAGGAGCCGCCAAAGGCCCCCACACCCCCGCCUCCCGCAGUGCCCACCAGCGCUCCUCUGGACAUAACUGUGGAAGAUGUGAACGACACCUCCCUCACCAUUGAAUGGAAGACACCAGAGACCAUUGGAGACUGCGGCUUGGAUGGAUACACCAUCGAGUACCGCAAGGAUGGAACCACAGACUGGGUUGCAGCUCAAGAGCAGCUGACUCCAGGGAACCGUUGCUGCAUCAAGAAUCUAACAACCGGUGACCUGCUGCAUGUGCGCGUGGUGGCUGUAAACGCCGGUGGCCGCAGUGAACCUUGCACACUUGCACAGCCUGUGAACAUCCGCGAGAUUGGCGACCGUCCCAGGAUCCGCUUGCCCCGCGCUCUCAGAUCCCGCUAUGUCAAACAGGUCGGAGAGCAGGUCAACGUGGUCAUCCCCUUUCUUGGAAAGCCCAAACCUGAGGUGUCCUGGCUUAAGGAUGGUCAGCCGUUGGAUACAAAGAGGGUCAACAUCAGGAACAGUGACAAGGACAGCAUCCUGUUUAUACGCACCGCCGAGAGGGAGGACUCUGGUGUUUACGAGAUGACGGUUAAAGUAGACAGCUUUGAAGACAAAGCCAACAUCACCCUCCAGAUUGUGGAGCGGCCUGGCUGUCCUACCAGUGUGAAGCUGGUUGACACCUGGGGCUUCAACGCUGCUCUGGAAUGGACCCCUCCCAAGGAUAAUGGCAACACGGAGAUCACUGGAUACACCAUCCAGAAGGCCGACAAGAAGACCGGGGUGUGGUUCUCUGUGCUGGAGCACUACCACAGGCUCACUGCCACCGUCACAGACCUCAUCAUGGGCAACUCGUACUCCUUCAGAGUGUUCGCUGAGAACAAAGUGGGCAUCAGUGAGAAAGCGGCCGUCACCAAGGGGGUGGCCCACAUCCAGAAGACAGGUAUUGUCUACAAGCCUCCUGAGUACCCAGAACACAACUUCAGCGAGGCCCCCAAGUUCACCACACCCCUCAGUGACCGCGCUGCCACUGUGGGAUACACCACCAAGCUGCUGUGUUCUGUCCGCGGAAGCCCCAAGCCUAAGAUCGAGUGGUUGAAGAAUCAGAUGAUCAUCGGUGACGACCCCAAGUUUCGUCAGAUCUCUAACCAGGGCAUUUGCUCCCUCGAGAUCCGUAAGCCCUGCAGCUUCGAUGGUGGAGUGUACACCUGCAGAGCCAAGAACGCCCAGGGAGAAGCCGCCGUCUCCUGCAAGCUGGAAGUCAAACAGAUUGUUAUUCCAGAGUCUGGGAAGGGCAAAUAAACCAACACCCAAACCUCCAGAGUGCUUUUAAAGGACCAUCAGAAGUCCAGGUCUUAUGUUUUACGAGUGUUUGAGGAGGUGAGAGAAAAAGUCGUGGCUGUCUGUGCAGCGCUGUGUACAUAAUGAAGAAAGGGACAGAGCAAUACACCACCAUCACCCUAUCUGUUUCCACCCCCAGUAUGCAGGGAAGACCCACACCGCCCAACCCAUCACAGUUUGCCAAAUGCUGUAUGUUAUUUUAGUUGGUGACAUGUAUGUAAGGCUAUAUUUACUUUUUUUUCUGCCUGUGUCCAUGUGCUGUUUGUUACAGUAUCUAUGUGUACUACUCAAUAAAACAGUGAACCCUUGGA